AUGGAGGAAUACACUAUUAAGCGGAAGAUUGGCGAUGGCGCCCAAGGUGUCGUGUACGAGGUGGAGCACCGCACCUCGAAGACGAGCUAUGCGAUGAAGGUGAUCUGCUGCACCGACCAGGAGCAGGUAAACAUGGCACUAAAGGAGAUCAAGGUGCUGCUGCAGCUGCGCCACCCCAGCAUUGUCUCUUACGUCGACUUCUUCCUGGUCUUCAACAGUGUCAAGCUCCGCCGUGAGUUCGCCGCACAGAGCGAAGGCGCGUGUGGCAGCGGAGGAUGUGGUAACGGGCAGCAGCGAGAGCAAGACAGCCUCUUCCUUUGCAGCCUGUCGAACAGCGAGCUCGACCACGGCUGCGCCGCCGACAGUGGAUGGAAACCGGCGGCUGCAGAAGCCUCGUCGAACGCCCCGACAGGAAAGCCGCAGAGCGGCGCCACCCGCGUUGUUCCGACCUCGCUGCUCAGCAAGCACCGGCAGCAGGCAGGAGCGCACUGGCUCGGCGAGGAGGAGAUCGCCGUGUGUCUCGUGAUGGAGCUCUGUAGCAACGGUGACAUGCAAGGGCUCGUUCGGGAGACGCGACAGGAGUUCAUGAAGACGGGUAGCCACAGCAUCGCAGAGGCGCAGGCGGUGUCAUGGCUCGAGCAGGCUGCGGCCGCGCUACAGUUCAUUCAUAAUAAGGGUUUUUUGCAUCGCGACCUGAAGCCGACGAACAUCUUCUUCGACGAGUACAAGAACAUCAAGGUCGGUGACUUUGGCCUGGCGGCGACGGUCGGGCUUGGCCGCAACUCGGCGGUGGGGACACCCUACUAUCUAGCGCCAGAGCGCAUGCUGCAGCAGCGCUAUGACGGCAAGGUGGACAUCUGGGGUCUCGGCGUCGUCUUGCUCGAGCUUCUGACGCUGCGCGAACAGCCGAUCAACAGCAUGUUGCUAGAGAACCCGAAAGUGGUGGACACAGUGAUUCCGCAAAUCACCAAAAUGGGCUACUCCACUAAGCUGGCUACUCUGCUGCGGGACAUGCUGCAGCGCCAGCCGCAAGACCGCCCCACCCCGUCCUCCAUUUUGCACCGCUUGGCGAGCAUCACCGCCACCUCGCCGCACCCCGGCAUGUCCGCGACGCUCUUUGCGGGGAUGAGCUGUCCGAAACUAACAGAGGCGCUCUGCGACGUCUGCGAAGUCGAAGUCGCCGGCGUCAUGUGCUCGAGCUGCAAAGCUGCCUUCUGCGCCGGAUGUGAUCGUGCCCGUCACAGGCACCACUCGCGCCAAAGCCACGACCGAACGAACAUGUCGUCUAUUGUGAACAGCAUGAACGGCGCCUCCUCCCUGCCUCUGUCGGCGACGCCGAUGCAGCAGCAGCAGCAGCAGCAGAAAACGCUGUCCUUCUCGCGGGGACCUUCGCCGGCAAACACCUCAGACCAGACGCGGGCGAGCAUGCAGAACAUCGUCGUCUUUCCGUCCAGCAACAGCAGCCACUCCCGCACGCUGCCGCGCGAGCGCGAGAUGAACAGCAGGACAUUCACCCGUUUUCAGCUGGCGCUGCCGGGGCGUAGCGUAUCCAUGUCUGACUUCUCCAUGACGCAGGGAUUGCAGGGGCCCCGCGACGGGUCUGGCAUCAACGCGGCCGUAGCAGAGACGGUGCUGCGUGUCCCAGAUGAUGUGCCGAGCCUCGCCCAGGCAUUACGGGUGGUUGAGAGCAUGCCGCACAUUCGCAAAAUCCUCGUCGCCGGUAACACAACGCACACGGUGCCGCUUGUGCUUACAUCUCGACUGCCGGACAGCAUCAAACUUGUUGGUGAGUCACCGCCGCCGAUGCUGGAGGUGGCGGACAGCCCAUUUGCGUUGCACUGCCACUCUGGUAGGGGUAGUGUGGAAAACUUCAUCCUGCGCCAUGUCGGCCGCUUCUGCUUCAAGCUGCUCAAACUGGACACAAAUCUCCACCAGACAGACGCAAACGCAAUGACAUCGGCGCCUGCAAAAAAGCCGUCGCGGCCGACCGCCGUGUCUAUCACGGGAGGCGAGUGGAGACUGCACAAGUGUCGCAUCUCGUGCGUCGAGGGAAGUGGCGUGACGGUGGGCGGGAGCAAGCACACCCCCUCUUCUGCCACCAACGGACAGAACCCCUCCGCGACCGGCGCGCGGUCGUCACGUCCGCCGCAAUCUCCGAGCCUGGUCGCUCGCUCAAGCCUGGUGAACGGCGCCGAUGAGGGUGCAGAGGACGCGGACGUCAUGUCCAUGGAGCCGAUCAUAACCAAGUGCAGCUUCAUCGACGUCACCGCAGCCGGCAUUGUUGUCAUGGAAAAGUCGCGAGGCCUCUACGAGGGCAACACGUUCUCUGGCUGCGGUUUUGCCGCUUUUCUGCUCCGAAAGGAUGCGACGCCGCGCAUUCGUGCCAACCACAUCACCGACGGUGCCGAGGCAGGAAUAUUUUGCCAAGAUGCUUCGGGGUUGAUGGAGUACAACGUGAUUGCGCAGAACGCGGGCUGCGGCAUCGUCGUUAAGGGGGCGUCCGCGGUGCCGGUUAUUCGCAAGAAUCGCGUUCUGUCCAACGUACAGGCUGGUGUUUUCUGCUGCGACAAGGCAGCGCCGUUUGUCUCCGAUAACGAGAUUCGCCAGAACGGCAAGGCCGGCGUGUUGGUGAAGACGACCGCCGCACCGAAGAUCACCCGCAACGUCAUCGAGAGCGGCAAGGAGGCUGGCAUUUACAUCUUUGAGAAGGGUGCCGGCAUCAUCGAGGAGAACCGUAUCCGCGGCAACCAGAACGCCGGCCUGCUUGUCACCACCGGCGGGAAUCCGCACGUCAUCCAUAACACCAUCACCAAGAACGCGUACGAGGGGAUUUGGGUGUGCAAGCACGGCGGCGGCACCUUCUGCGACAACGAUUUGCGCGGAAACACAAAGGGGGCCAAGGACAUCGAGGCGGACAGCCGCGUCACAUGGGUGGGUAAUGUCGAGCAGUAA